AUGGACUCCAACACCGCACCUCACGUAGAGGCUCAGCCUGCCGCCGUCCCCGCCUUCCAGCGACCCUCUGGAAGUGGCGGAGGCAACAAGAAGGGCACCAGCGCCGAGCGCCGUGCCACCCACAACGCCAUCGAGCGAGCUCGUCGCGAGUCGCUCAAUGGACGCUUCCUGCAGCUUGCGGCGUCGCUGCCGUCCAUCUCGGACGUACGCCGACCAAGCAAGUCGCUCAUCGUCAACAAGUCGCUCGACUUUGUCGCCGACGCCCUCAACCGGGAGACCAUGUACCGCGUCAAGAUCGACAGCGCGCGUCAGGAAAACAUGCAGCUGCGUCAGCAGCUCAACAAGUUCCUCGCGCAGGCCGGCAUGGAGCAGCUUCCGCCUCCGCCCAUUGACGAGCUGCCUGUUCCCAUGGCCGAGAUGCGCAACAAGAAGCGUGCGUCUGGCAUGGCUGCCUCGGCCAACUACGGCGACCUGUACGACCUCGACGACGACGAUGGUCCUUUGGCUCCGGGCAGCGAAGGAGAAGGCGGCAAGACGAGCCCCACGUCGUCUUGCUCGGCAGCUUCGAGCCUUCGAGGCUCGCUCUCGAGCUCGCAGCCUGCUGGCGUGCCUGCCUUCACUCCGCUCUCGCACGGUGGCGUGUAUGGCGCUACAGCUGGCUUCCUCGCUGCGCCGGCCGCUUCGCUCUCUGUGAAUGGCACGUCGCCUGGCGCCUCGACCAAUUCGGACGAGAUCGGCGCCAGGGAGCGUAGCGCCGGGUUCGAGGACGCUGCGGGCAACUGGACCAUGGUGUCCAAUGGCGUGGGUGUGACUCAAGCACCCACGGCUGCACCGCAGCUCACCUAUGCCGGACUUGCCUUUUCGUCGGCCGGCGUGAAUGGCGGAGUGGCCGCAGUGGCGCCUGGAGCUCGCCUCGUCAAUGGCGUCCCGCAGUUUGCGACCAACGGCAAUGGCGAAAGUGGCAACGCUGGAUUGUCUGCUGUUCCUGCUGUGCUUGCUCAGGACGGGCAGUCACACAUGUAUUCGAUGAACGCGGGCAACUUCAUCAACCUUCGCAACGCGCAGCAGAUGCAGCAGCAGCAGCUCCAGUACCAGCUGCAGCUGCAGCAUCAACAGCAUCAACAGCAGCAGCAGCAGCAGCAGCAGCAACACCACGUUGCCAACUUUGCCCACUUUAAUCCUUCGUCUUUUUUUGAACAGGCGCCGCUGCAGUCCGCUAGCUUCAUGACUGCAGUCCAGCCGCCUCCACUGCCCCUCGCCCUCACCCUCAACCUCAACCUCGCCUCGAGACUAGCCAGCUUGGCGUGUCGAGAACACCCGCAACCCUCCCUCUUCACACCGCUUCCACCAUCCUCAAUCCGCCCCGCAGAGUCUGAGUCUCACAUCUCUCCGCGACGUCUUCUUAAACCCCACCGCUUUUCGAGCCUGGCCUUACUCGCACCCGUCUUCCCGCAAAAGGUUCUUGGCAACAUGGGCGUGCUUGCGGCUCACCGAUCUUCGUCGCGCGGCCUGGCGCGUGCCGCCAUCGCAUCCCAGCGAUGGUUGAGCAGCAGCGCUUCCGCGUCGCGCGUCGCUACCGCCUCGACUGCCGCUGCUGCGGCUCCCGCUCAGGCCAUCAAGCCUCGCGCCGCCGCUGCUACUGCCGCGACCGUGCGUCCCUACUCGAGCGCUGCAGCUCGCGAGAACGCAUACGACCGAGAGACCAUCACGCGUCUCUUGUACUCGCUCGCAUCGCGCAAGGAGGUCGAGAGGUAUUUGCGCAUCUUCUCCGCCGCUGACAAGUUCGCCGUGAUCAAGGUCGGCGGCGCCAUCCUCACCCACCAGCUCGAGGAACUCGCGCUCAGCCUCUCGUUCCUCCACCGCAUCGGCCUCUACCCCAUCGUCCUCCACGGCGCUGGCCCCCAGCUCAACGAGCUCCUCGAGAAGGAGGGCGUCGAGCCAGACUACAUCGACGGCAUCCGCAUCACCGACGCAAAGACGCUCAAGGUCGCGCGUGGCAUCUUCCUCCAGGAAAACAUGCGCCUCGUCGAGAAGCUCGAGUCGCUCGGCAGCCGCGCCCGCCCCAUCCCCAUCGGCACCUUCACCGCAGACUACCUCGACAAGGACAAGUACGGCCUCGUCGGCAAGAUCAACAAGGUCGACAAGGAGCCCAUCGAGAGCGCCAUCCGCGCAGGCUGCAUCCCCAUCCUCACCUCGCUCGCCGUCACCAACGACGGCCAGAUCCUCAACGUCAACGCCGACGUCGCCGCCUCCGAGCUCUCCAAGACGCUCGAGCCGCUCAAGAUCGUCUACCUCAACGAGAAGGGCGGUCUCUACCACGGCAAGACCAAGGAGCUCAUGGAGGUCAUCAACCUCGACGAGGAGUACGACGACCUCAUGAAGGAGGAGUGGGUCAAGUACGGCACCAAGCUCAAGCUGCGCGAGAUGAAGGAGCUGCUCGACCACCUCCCGCGCUCCUCGUCCGUCGCCAUCAUCUCGGUCGACCAGCUCCAGAAGGAGCUCUUCACCGACAGCGGUGCGGGUACGCUCAUCCGCCGCGGCUACAAGCUCUACCGCAAGAACAGCAUCGAGGAGGUGGGCGCCGAGCGCAUCCGCCAAGUGCUCAAGGAGAACGACGAGGAAAUCAAGGACGGCCGCAAGUCGGUCGCCGAGUUCUUCUCCGAGAUCUCACACCACCCCUACACCGUCUACGGCGACGAGCCGUUCGACUGCGUCGCCUUUGUCUCGCAGCCCGAGGGCGAGGUGCCCAUCCUGCAGAAGCUCGUCACCACGCGCAACGGCGUGCUCAACGGCGUCAACGACAACAUCUGGAAGCAGAUCCGCAAGGACCACAAGCGUCUCGUCUGGACCUCGCGCGCCGACGACGACCAGCGCGCCUGGCACUACGAGCGCGCCGACGGAUCCUUUACGCGCAACGGCCGCUCGCUCUUCUACUACGGCAUCCACGACGUCGCCGAGGUCGAGCAGAUCGUGCGCGGCCUCGAGGAGAAGAGCCGCAUCGAGCGCGCCUACCUGCCGCUCAAGCCCGCCAAGCCCACGGGCACGCGCGGCUACUCGACCAUGGCGCGCCCCGGUCUGACGAGCGCGCGCGUGAUGGGCGAGGGCCGCCGCGGCUACGCGACUGCCGUGGAGCGCAGCGGUCCGCUGCCGGCGUCGACGACGGACAAGAAGCGCGUGGCGCUCAUCGGCGCGCGCGGCUACACGGGCCAGAGUCUGAUUGCGCUGCUCAACAACCACCCGCACAUUGAGCUGUCGCACGUGUCGUCGCGCGAGCUCGCCGGCAUGCCGCUCGCCGGCUACUCCAAGGCGGACGUCAAGUACACCAACAUCGGCGUCGAGGACCUCAAGAAGCUCGAGCGCGGCGAGGGACCCGGUGCGCCGCCCGACGCGUACGUCAUGGCGCUGCCCAACGGCGUCUGCAAGCCGUUCGUCGAGGCAGUUCAGGCCGGCGGCAAGGACAAGCCCAACGGCCACGGCGUCAUUGUGGACCUCUCGGCCGAUUACAGGUUCGACGAGCAGUGGACCUACGGAUUGCCAGAGAUUUACGGACGCAAGAGUGUGCGUGGGAGCAAGCUGGUUUCGAAUCCGGGAUGCUAUGCCACGAACAACCAGGCGUUGAUUGCGCCGCUGUUGUCGGUGCUGGAUCUGGCGCGCGGACCGACGGUGUUUGGCGUUUCGGGAUACUCGGGUGCGGGAACCAAGGCUAGUGAGACGCCGACGGGCGAGAGGAAGACGGUUCCCAAGAUUACGCCCGAGGAUCUGGCAGGCGGGAUCAGGGCCUACGCGCUGACGGACCACAUCCACGAGCGCGAAGCCGGCUACCAGCUCAGCAAGCUGGGAGAGAGCGAGGUGAACAUCGCUUUUAUCCCGCACGUCGCUCCGUGGUUCCAGGGCAUUCUUAGCACGCUCUCGGCUCCACUCAAGACCAAGAUGACCAGCAAGCAGGUCAAGGAGCUGUACCGCGAGUUCUUUGCCGACGAGCAGCUGGUCAAGGUGCAGGAUCAGGUGCCAGAGAUCAAGGAUGUGGCGCUCCAGCACGGCGUCAAGAUCGGCGGAUUCCAGGUGAAUGCGCGUGGCGACCGUGUCGUGGUGGUGGCCGCGAUUGACAACCUCCUCAAGGGCGCAGCUACGCAGUGUCUGCAGAACCUCAACAUCGCCCUCGGAUACGACGAGUACGCCGGCAUCCCCCCACUCAAGUAA